UCCCUUUCCUUCUUUCUUAAUUAAUUAAUAUUUCUUUCCGUGGGGUUUUUACAGGGUUUCCCUGAAUCUAUCAUCAGCAUGUAUACAUACACACACACACUCAUAUACAUAUAUAUCUACCAUUGAGGAGUUCAAGCUCAAAAUCUUUCUUUCAUUUUUCCCCAUCAAAACAUAUAUAUAUGGCUAAAUCCACUACUGCCGUUGAUCAUAAUGAAGCUCUCAAUAUUGAUCUUCCACCUCAUCUCAUUCUAAAGGUUGGACAAACAAGUGAAAUUAGUGAAGUUACUACUACAAGCGAAAUAAUUGAAACUAGUCAAGGUUCAAAGCCACAACACUUGGUCUUGGAGAUACCUGAAAGGACAUUUGAUACCACUAUUAGAGAUGAUGUAAAGAUGAACAUACCAUUAACACCGCAACAAACUCCAAAAAGAGUCAACUUUUCACCAUUGCAUAGCCCUGCAUAUGCUUAUCCCAAAUUUAAUGAACUGUCAAGUCCUUCAACAUCUAGAGGUAAAUCAUCCAUCAAAAGCCUCAUUCCUAAAUUAAGCUUCAAAUUUAGAAGCAGAAAUUCGGAGAUUGAAAAGGCUGCAAUUCUAGCCCUUGGUGGCUCACCAUCAGAUUUGAGAGGGAAAACUAAAAUGUCUAGAAAUUAUUCUUUUACCAAGUUAUUUUCAUCCAAAAUGAAAAGAACAUCAUCUUUACCCGUAACUCCUAUUGCUCACUCAAAUCCCGAGUCUAUGCAUGGAAGAAAUAACAUGGAAAAAGGUUGGAUCCAACGGCCUAUUCAUCGAUCACAUUCUGUUCCUGAUUUGAUUAAAGAUGGAAGCGUAACACAAACAGAGUCUCUAGGGGUAUUCCGGAUAAUUCCAACUACUCAAAAAGAUGUGCAAGGAACUCAUCCCACCCAAAUCGUGCUUCCUUCAAUUGAAGCUGAUGGAAAUGAUCACAAAGAGGGUGAGGACAUUGCAGAAGAAGAGGCUGUUUGUAGAAUAUGUAUGGUUGAACUGGAGGAAGGAGUUGAUGAUUACCUUAAAAUGGAAUGUGAUUGCAAAGGGGGGCUAGCUCUGGCCCACCAAGGAUGUGCCAUAAAGUGGUUUACCAUAAAAGGUAAUAAGACUUGUGAGGUUUGCAAGCAAGAAGUCAAGAACUUGCCUGUAACUCUUUUAAGGAUUCAAAGAUCACAAAGCCGGGUUCUUCGAAAUGGAGUUAUGCAUCAAUAUGAAGCUCCCAGGUACAGGGUAUGGCAAGAUGUACCAGUUCUUGUGAUUGUAAGUAUGCUUGCGUACUUUUGCUUCUUGGAGCAACUUUUGGUAAACAAAAUGGGGUCUGGAGCAAUUGCUAUAUCUCUGCCUUUUUCAUGCAUCCUGGGACUCCUUGCAUCAAUGACAUCGACAACAAUGGUGAAGAGACGGUAUGCAUGGUUUUAUGCCUCUGUUCAGUUCAUUCUAGUGGUUGGCUUUGCACAUGUUUUCUACUCAAAGCUUCAUGUUGCUGGGGUUCUAUCAGUUUUGCUUGCUACGUUUGCUGGCUUUGGCGGUGCGAUGUGCGGAACUUCGAUUAUUUAUGAGUUGUUGAAAUGGAGGGGAAGAUGGCACAGUUGGUCAAACCACCCUCACGAGACCCCGGACAUUGAACAGCCUCAAGGCUCAUCAGAAUCUGCUCAUGUAUCACAAGAUGAGCCCCACCAACAAGGUGGUUCAAUAGAAGCGAUACAGCCACAACAGCCCACAGAAACUGGUCAUACACCCCAAAAUGGGUCUGACCUGCAAAUAAGUCAAAGCCAAGAGCCAGGUCAACAAACUGGACCAUAAUAGCAUGUAUGAGCUCAAAUCAUUUAACAAUGUGUGUAGUAGCCAUCAUUGUCAGUCACUACAGAAACUAAGAUUGUACAAAAUCCCAUUAGCAAAUGCUUAUUAAACCUCAAUAUUCGAUCAAAAUGGAGACUGCAUAAAGAUGUGGAGUUCGAGGAUCAUCGAACCCGAAGCUUUUAGUUGUAGGCUUGUAGUUCUAUUUAUGAAAUUAUUGUACAAACAGGCUUUUGUCACUAAUAUUAAAUGCAAUAAUAGUCUUUUAAGAA